UUUAUUAGCCCAUCAGGUUCACAAAAAUGUUGACGUUGGUUUUGGUAGCGUCUCUGCUGGCGUUAGUAAAUGGUCAUGGACGGAUGAUCAACCCUGCUGCAAGAAACUGCAUGUGGCGUUAUGGGUUCAAGAAUCCUGCCAACUAUGACGAUACUGCACUCUACUGUGGAGGCCUUCAAAACCAAGUCAAACAAGGAGGUAAAUGUGGUACAUGCGGCGACGCCUAUCAAGGACCAAGACCACACGAGGCCGGAGGAAAAUAUGCCAAUGGUGUUAUCGCUAAAACCUACAAACAGGGGCAGAUUGCUGAAGUCACCGUCGAAUUGACUGCAGGUCAUAUGGGAUGGAUGGAAUUCAGAUUGUGCAAAUGGGACAACCCAAAAGUCCCAGUGACACAGGAAUGCCUAGACGAGAAUGUCCUUCAGCUCGCCGAUGGUUCAGGCACCAAGGUUCCAAUUGAUAACACAAAGAGGAUGAUCAUUGCCAGGCUACAGCUUCCCAAAAACAUCAACUGCAAACAAUGUGUGGUGCAGUGGUUAUACCACGCAGGCAAUAGUUGGGGAUGCGAGCCAAAUGGUAAAUGUUGCUCUGGAUGCGGUACACAAGAGGAGUUUAAGAACUGCGCUGAUGUUGCAAUUGAACCUUCUACUUUCACCCCAGCAACCCAGAGACCCCCUUCUACAAAAAGGACUUAUGAACCACCAAUGGAGACCACCCCAUCUACUAGAGUACCAUCAACAAGAGCACCUUCAACUAGAGCACCAUCCACAAGAGCACCUUCAACUAGAGCACCAUCUACAAAAAGGACUUAUGAACCACCAAUGGAGACCACCCCAGCUACUAGAGUACCAUCAACAAGAGCACCUUCAACUAGAGCACCAUCCACAAGAGCACCUUCAACUAGAGCACCAUCCACAAGAGCACCUUCAACUAGAGCACCAUCUACAAGACCUCCAACAAGGCGUACCACACCUCCAACAAGGCGUACAACACAAGCCAUAAGGACUACUCCACGAAAGCCUGUUGGAUGUCGAGCUGCUAAUGGUCCAUUCAAACAACCAGGCAUGGACAGAUGGUGCCAGGUCAACUGUAGGCGUAAAUAUUGUCCUCCCUCACAUUGUGUCUGCUAAUUCCACUGCUGUAUAUGUAUAUGCUUUAAUAAAUAAACCUAUACUAGAGAGAAUUAUCAGAACAAUAAAAUAUGAUAGCC